AUGAGUGACAAGCCCGGGGGCGCCUUCUCGGGACUACGCUCGACGUCCUUCUCGAUCGCCAGGGGCCCCGCGCGCUCCCGCGUAUCCUCCAUCGAGGAGGAGGACAGGCGGGCGGGGAAUCAGCCGCUCGUGUCGCAGUCGUACUCCGGCGGGUUCGGGAGGUCGGAGAGCUCUCUCGGGGUCGGCGGCGCGAUAUCCUCGCGCAGGAUAGCCGGCAGCCGGUCGGCGGACCGCGACGGGAUGGUCGGCGGCGGCGGCAGCCGCGGGCGCAGCGGCAGGGGGGAAGACAACUUCCGGCGCGCCGGCUUGGGCGGCGGCGCCGGCCGCAAGAGCAGGAGCCGCAGCGGCAGCAGCAGGGGCAGCAGGGGCGGGGGCGGCGGGAGCGGGAGCGGGGCGGCAAGCACGAGCAGCGGCGGGUCGACCGCCGUCGUGGGCGACAGCAGCAACGGCACCCACUGCGUACGCGGUAAUGGCGAUGGCGGCGGGGGCAAGAGCCGGAAGGCGAAGAGCAGUAGCAAAAGCGGGCGUACUCGCGGUGGCGGCGGCGGCGCGGGCGCAGGGUUCGGUAGCGACGACGACGACGACGACGACGACGAUGAUGAUGACGACGACGGCGAAGGCGGCGCCGUUGCGGCGGCGCCCCCCCCGGCGAACCGGACGCACGCCAUGUACCGGCACCAGGCUGAGAGCGUCGGCACCGCGCUGCACGCGAUCGAUCGUGUCCAGACCAUUUCGGCUGCCAAGAGUCAGCGGCCCGGGGCAGCCGCCGCCGCCGCCGCCGGCCGGCUGCCCGGCGCUAGCGCGGCAACGGCGAUCGGUAGCCGCCGGUCGUCGCACACUGGGUCCGUCGGCGUCGGCCGCAAAGGCGGCAGCGGCCCCAUCUCGAACGGCGGCGUCGGGAGUGCGCGGGUAAGCGCGGAGGCUGCCGCGAACGGGAACGCCGCCGUCGCCGCCGUCGCCGGGACGGCGCUCGUCCGGCGCGUCUCCACCGGCCAGCUGAACAACAUGGCCUCCACGGGGUCGAACUUCGAGUCCAUGACGACCAUCGGCACCCCCAGCGGCUCCGGCGGCGGGGUUAACUCGAUAUCGAGAGGUCUGGCGCGCGCGGCGGGUCUGCGUUCCGGCAACGAUGGUCUCGGCCGUGCAAGACACAGCGCGUCUUCGAACAACCUGGCCGUCUCCAACGGCGUCGGCGGCGCGAUCGCCGACAAGCGGGAGCUGCCUACCGACCUCCGAUCCGCGAUCGAGGCCGGAGACGUCCUGGCCGUGGGCUCGAUGGUGCGGACCAUGAGCCAGGAGGAGGCGGAGGUUGAGCUCGUCGCCCAAGACCGGGAGCAAGGCACGCCGUUGAUGCAGGCCGCGGCGGGCAAGAAUGUCCAGACGUACACAGCCGUGAUGGAUGCGAUCAGGAGUCGUCUCGGGGUGGAGGCGCUGAUGAACGAGCUCCAGGCGCGAGACCUCCGCGCGUGGUGCCCCUUGAUGCACGCCGCCUGGAGCGGGAGCGCAGAGGUGUUUCGUGCGGUGGUUGUCGCCAUCGAGGACAACCUGGGAAGAGACCAGGUGGCGGAACAACUGGCGGCGACGGCAAAGUACGGCUGGACCCCGCUCCACGCGGCGGCCCGCGGAAACGCCGAGGCUAUGGGCGCCGUCAUGACCGCCCUCGUCAACUACAUGGAGGCCGACGAGCUGAAGGAACAGCUGUCUCAGUCUCACGACAAGGACUCUGAUCUGCCGACGCCUCUUAUGUUCGCGGCGGCCUCUAGCUCGCUCGACUCGCGCAGCCUCAACCCCCUUCUGUCGGAGUUGCUCGGAUGCAUGUGCGACAUCGACGAAGCCCGCCGGCAAAGGACCGCUGUUGACUACGCCGCCGCCUACGGGCGUUUGGACACGCUUAGCUGCCUGAUAGCCUACGGGUGCGAGAUCAGCGACCAGACGGUGACGACCCUGCUCUCGGGAGAUCUGGCGGUGGGGGCGGCCGCGUUCAACCGGUGCAUCUGGAAGGGCAUCACCACAGCGAGGAAUCCGCUCAUUCCCGCCCACAACGUACUGAGGGCGGUGAGCCGUGCGGCGGACAGGGAUGCGAAGCACCGGCAGUUCUUGCUUCGCAUGCAGUCCGAUGUCGACGAGCUGGUGCAGGAGAUGCUCCAGCAGCUGCCGCCCAACAUGGCCGGCUUCGCGGACAACUACAUGGACACCGGGCAAGGUUUCGAGGCCGUGCAGUGGCUGCUCGAGCCCGAGAUGGGGGGCAAGCGCAUCAGUUCAUUCACGGGGCCCCUGGCCAGGGCGCUGGAGACCCGCCGCCUGGAGUUCUUCUCGACCAACAUCGUGCUCGCCUACGUGUCGCGAAAGUUUUCCAGGGGCCUGCCAGGCGUGUUCAGCGGCGCGAGCUGGAAGAUGCCCGACAUGCACAACAGGGACACCAGGAGGUUUGUGCUCGGGCUGCCGUACGGGGCCGCGCCGGACAACGUGGUCGGCGCCGUGAGGAUGAGGCUCUGCGUCCCCUUCGAGCUAAUUCAGGGAAGCGCCUUGCGAAGGACGUCGCUGAUUCCGGGACUGCAGUUCAACUGCGUUGGUCUGGCGAGCCGGCCGGACGCGUUCUACGAGGUUCCGGCGGUCCGAAUGGCCUGCGAUGUUGUCACCUACCUGUCCAUGCUUAUUCUCUUCUGCUUCGUGGUAAAACUGGAGUCACCCACGAAAAUACCCGCCAAGGAAGUGGCGUUUUACGUCUACAUGCUGGGAAACAUGGUGAACGAACUGGGAGAGGCCCGGUACGUGCGGAAGCUGAGGGGGCAGUCUGAGCUGUGGAACGUGGUCGAGGCCGUGCUUCUCGGACUUGUCUGCGCGGCGUUCACCUUCCGUAUGGUUGCCUUCGGAAGCGACGUGAUUGAGGAGGAGGCGUUUUUCCUGGCCCAGCUGUUCUUUGCGAUGGCGGCGCCGCUCUUCUUCUCCCGCGUGCUGUUCCUGGCGCAGAUCGACGAGAACCUCGGGCUCAUGGUCCAGAUCCUCUUCCGAAUGCUGAAGGAAGUCGUGCGGUUCGGGGUGGUGAUCGGAGUGAUCCUGCUCGGGUUCGCGAUGGCCAUGUUCGCCCUGUUCGGCGGGAGCGCCCCUAGCCUCGAUGACGACGACGGGUCGUCCUCCAACAGCCUGCCGGAGGAAGAGGAGGACACGGAGGGGGUGCUGUGGUUUGACCGCGGGGGAGCACGCGGUCUCCUGACGAGCAGCGGCGACGACUCCGCCACCCUGGACCCGAUGUCGUUCGACAUCUCCGAGAUCUACCUCCCGUCCUUCUCCACCUUUCCGGAGUCGGCGCUGACCAUGUUCCGCGCCAUGUUCGGAGAUUUCGACUUCAACGAGUUCGCCGGCGUCAGAUACGGCUCGGCUGGAGUUGGACUGAUGGUGGCGUUCCUGACCGUGAUGGGAAUCGUGCUUCUGAACCUCCUCAUCGCCUUCCUUACGGGAGCGCACUCGGAAGUCCGUAGCCAGGCCAAGGCGAAGUUCCACUUCACCCGCACCCAGAUUGUCCAGCAUUGGAACCGUGUCGUCGAGCACGACGUCCUACCGUCGCCGCUCAACCUAGUCCACCUCGCCACCUGCGUGCUCCUCAAGCCCUGCGUACCCAAGAGCAAGUACCCCCUGCUCAUGAUGCGCAUCGGCUGCUUCCUGUUCUGGCUGGUGAUGGGGCCUCUUGGGGCAGCCCUCGCGAUCGCCAUGUGGUUUGUGUCCAUCCCGUGGAGCAUCUGGCACCUUUUGUUUGGGGGGCAGGCUUCGAAAGAAGUGGACCGUAAGUCAGAGCGCCUCAAGUACGUCAUCACCGCCCCCGGGCUCGUGAUGAUCGCGCUCUUCCUUGGAUUGCUCACCAUAUUCGUUGGGGACGGGAGCUCCGACGGCACCAGCGGUCUCGGAAAGCAUUCCUCGAGGAACUGUCGCAAGGACAAGCUCCAGAGGGGGGGAGACUACGACCUCGCGGGUCUGCUGAAGAGGCUUGCCAACAUCGGGGUGGAUGACCUCCGGCGGCAGCUUAAGAACCCGCUGAAGGAUUCACAGGCACGUCCCCACACCUCACAGGUUCUGCCUCGAGACGCCAAGAUGGGCACGACCGUAGAGCAUGUCAAGCAGCUCCGCGACGACAUCACCCUCACGACCGCCAACAGCUUCCGGGAGUCGUUCCGGGAAUCGGGUAAGAUGGCGGAUGACCGGGCCGCCCGCCUGGAGGCGAGGAUGAGCUCCCUGGAGAUUCACCUCGCCAAGAUCGCCGCCCUCCUGGAGAACGGCAACACUUACAACGCCGGCGGCGGUAGCGGCAGUGGCAGCGGGAUUACCACGGCGAGGGCGACUUCAUCGUCGAACAACACGUCCGGGUAUCGGUCGGGCGGCUCUCAGCUGGGGGCCUCGCAACAUAGGGGAGGGGAAUGAAGGGAGGCGAUAGAGAGUGGUGAUGUCGUGCUUGUUUUUUUCAUGUGGGGUCUCGAGGUGUUCUGUGUUGGUUCGAAUCUGCGAUGAGUUUUAGUUUAUAACGGCUUUUGGUGGUGUGUCUCAUGCGGCCGUCCGUGUUUGCGGGCGACUGCUUGUCGUGUUGAUGUUUUAUUUCUUGGAGCGGCUGUAGGUUGUUUGAGUGCUGCCAUCUGCCGCUGCAGCUGACCCUGUGCGAUGUUUGUUUUGGGCGAAGACCGCCCUACCGCCAGCGCACCGACGGCCCCUUCCUGAGUGUUGUAGCGUUUUUCCUUCCGAAGGAAGGGGGGCGACGGCAUAUGCAGGAGUCCGUAUUCGUGGGGGGGUAGGGUGGCACGGCGGGGGUCGUCUGUCAAAAAAAACUCUGUUUCUUGGCCAAGGACGUGCUUUGUAUCUCCGUGUACGCCGCCGUGAAGGGGUUGUGGUAUGGGGAGAUGGAUCAGGUCGGGCGAUCUGUUGCCCAGAGGCGUGGAUCCCCACCUGUUUUAUCCGUCACGGUAUCGUCGGCGACCUCGACCCAGCUGAUCGUUUGUUCAGCUUCCGCAGGUUGUGGCGGAUAGAUUGUAGUCGAAACCCCUCCAUACAGCCAAAGGGCAGGGCGAUAUUUCCAUCUAUCCGUCUCGCUCGCUGUGUGCCCGACGGUCACGUGGCGAUUAAGCGACAAGUCGUGGAGAAAGCGGGACCUAAAGACGUGCCUUUUUUUCCGCUCAGUAUUUGCCAUACGUUUUUGAAACGAUUUGAUGUAUGCCGGGAGCAACCCAGCGUGUUUUUGCAUUUUCUCUUUUUCGUGUUUUCACCACAAGCAGCGACACAGAGCGUGGCACCUCCACUCCCUCUUUGCAGCGAUGCAUCGCUUGGUACUGAUUUUUUUUUGUGCUUGUGCCCCCCUCGAUUGACCUCUCCCCGACCGUGUCUAUCUGUGCGGCAUGCGAUUCGCUUCCCAUGGGGAAUGCCUUGCUGAUGAAGUGAACACGACUGUACACAUGCACGAGCGGGCACGGAUUGUAGGUGUAUGUACAUGUGCAUUUAGGUCUGUGUACGCAUGUUUUUUUUGUGUGUCGGGUAUCAACCGCGUCUCGUUUCGGGGGAGUGGAGGUUGUAAGACCGUACUUCUCUCGUGCCUCCUUUUUUUAACUGACGUCGUUUUUCCCAGCAGACGUAUCCUAUGGUAAAACUCAAAUCGUACUGAAGUAAGAUACGUACCUUGAGCAAAUUUGGUCAUGGGAGAGGGGAUAAGAGCCUCUAGGCUCCACGGUGGUGGGGCAGCUAAAGUCGAGCGGAAUGGUAGAGGGGAGGGGCGGAGGGCACAAGGGGUCGCGAACCACGCGGCCCCGCGCGUAAGUCCGUCGCACGCACGCACGUGUAUCUUCCCGAUCGACGGGGGUACGAGUACGAACAUGCGUGUGUGCUGGUGUCUCUGACGGAAACAAUGUACUUAGUUUUUAUGUCGCGCUUUUUUCCGCCCCAGCGUGACUGUGCGUGUGUCUCUUCCUUGCUAGCCUAGGAAAAGUAUUACGUGGUAGGUUAGAAGUCGUGUCUGACAGGGAAACAGCGGGAACACGUGGUUUGGCGGCAUCGGCGCCGCUUUGCCACAAGGCGUUGAAGGCUGCAGGUGUUCGGGGCGGUAUUUGUUCGUGUUUUUGCUAGGACACCAGUAAUAUGUGCAUGAUACGUGUUCUUUUAUUGUGACAGCAGAGCCAUUGGUCGAGGAGCCACGGGCGGUAGAAUGCAGCGUUUUUCAUGUCGCGGGCGAGACGCCAACAUCAAAACACCGGGGCCUCGGUGUGCGUGUGUGUGCCAGUUUAACGCUGGGCGCCAUGGUUGCUAGAGGGUGGGUGACUGCCAUGAUGCCUGCGGUUGAUUGUGGGCGGGACGGGAAAUGUCCGCAAUCGUUGCAUUUUUCACCUUUUUCCCGGUGUGGACAACGCAACAAAGGCUUUGCCGUCAUUCUUGCUUGCAGGCCGUCAUUGUUGCUUGAAGGCCAAGAUUACGAAGGCUGGUUGAGGAAGGCACGUCGGAAACUCGCCCAUUCGUCCUCUGUUUUCUGCGCCUUUUGUUUGCGGAAGCGCACACCGGGAGUAACGUCGGCGAUGCGGGUCCAAAAAUGUCCUGCGUGACGGUUUUGGGAGCGCCAUGCACGCCGCAAACAUGAUUCCCACGACGGGGACAUGUACCUGUCUGGUGUGUGUAGGUUUCGCAAUGCAUUUAUUCUGGGUUUUGGCCGCGCUUGCGGUGCUUCCCCCUCCUGGUGCCAGCCAGUCCGCACACAGGAAGCCGUCGAGUGCAUGCACCUCAACAUGUGUGUCAUGCGUCGGGUAGUGGAGGACAGGGCAGUGAAGGUUCGUACGUACUGGGGAGAGCGCCAGCUGCAGCAGCAGCAGCGUUUGUGCGCCGUAGACAUUGUCUUGUUGGAUAUACCUUGCUUGUGAUGGAUGUGUUUUUCGUGCCUUUUCUCAUGUUGAUGUGAAGGAGAGAUAUUUGUUUUUAUAAUGUCUCAAUGUUUUAGUUCUUGUGUUCACAGUUGGGGUGCUGUGCCUUUCUGGAAAUAGCUUCUGCAAUAUACGCGGUCGGCAGUAAGUGACACGACGCGUAACUUGCCGAAUCGAUUGGCAGCACUCCACGUCCGUCCGUGUCCGACUACGCCAAAGGUCGCGAUGAGAAUCCUCAAGAGUGGUAAUUUUUUUCGUGCCACAUAUUACGGACGCAGAUAUCCUGACGCGUUUCGGGGCACAGCCCGGGUCAUACAGGAGCAAGGCCACGUAGCAGGUAUUGGGGUCUCCGGCUUCAUCGCGUGAAGGAUUUUUUCAGGCCAUCCGUGCAUUCCCUGGUCACGACUCCCAGGUCAAUUUUUGCGUGCACACGAAACUAUAUUUUUCCACGAUUGUUUGGGCAGGUGGUGAGAAAAUCCCCAGUUCACGUGACUGCACCGAUUGUCCACCCACGUUUGAACAUUUGCGAGUCGCUCACUGAACCACUUCAGCCACAGUCAUUUUGGCGAACAAGAGGUUAUCGAAACUGUUGAAUGAACGUGAAUACGAGUGAAAAAAUUCAUGUGAAAUUGAGCGUAGAAUGCAGAUAAAAUGAAAGUUAUGAUGGCCUCACAGCACGCUCCCCCUUUGCUAUUUGUGCACCCUUCUGUUUGGGCGGCUGUUAGCAUCAAGGCUCAUUCAUCCCUCGCUCUCACGAUUGCGUGGAUUCGCUUAUCACGAUAUUUUUUUUACAGUACAGUCCAGUAGCCUAAAGCGCCAAAAUCUGACGGAGAGACGUUUGGAUUGUAUUCACUGCUGCUGCCGACGGUUCACCCGAGGCACGCACUAGCUCCAGCAGAGGGAAAUGGUAGUCUGCAGCAGAGGAGCUAGUAGGCGUGAUAAGCGAGAAGGCGCGAGGAUGUAGAGACGGUUUCCACGGACGACGUCCAUUGGACGAACCCAUUGUAGAGAAAUAGGUCAUCGGCAAAUAGAUCUAGACUUUUAUAGGAGUUUUUUCCGCGCGCGAAGCGCGCGUGCGAAAAUAAAAACGGAGCGAUAGCGGAGUUUUUUUUUUCGCAAAAAAACUGUUUUAGAUGGGUCCUUUUGUUUCCCCGCCUGGGUUCUGCGCACGUUGAAUAACACCGCCUGUCAGCCCGACCCCUGAAUUAGUUACUGUUCUCAAAUUGAUGUCCAUGUGUGUGGGUGCUUUUAUUAUUAGUAUCGACCGCGCUAACCGGCUGACCAAUGAAAAGACGUCAGUCUCAGUGCGGCGCGAAACACAAAAUGCUUCUAUAGUCCACUAUCUGGGACCCCGGGACCGAGCGUCGUAGGGGGAGCUACGCUAUUCUCAGGAUUAAAGACAGAUACCGUAGUAAUAACAGAAGAAAACUGCACGUGUCUAUUAAGACUGUCACCCUGCACUCGACUUCGUUUAGGAGUGCUCUCUCUAUCAUUCUUCUUGCUUUCACCACUACUACCAUCACUAUUCUCAUCGUCAUUUUGGCAGCAACUUUUUGGCAGCUCUUCUUGUCUGUCUCUCCGUCUUUUGUUGUGCGGGAGGUCCUCUGGCUCGAAGCUCUUGCUCUCUUCCACGCCAUGAUUCCCUUCUCGACUGCUGUCUUGGUCUCUGUCUUGUCCUCCUCUUGUUCCCUCUGUUCCUCCUCCUUCAUCGUUGCCACUCGAAUUUCCCUCAUCGCCAUCAUGAUGAUCGUUUUCGUUUGUACUACUAUCGAAAUCCCAACCUAUUGGCCGGGGUGGAAAUUGAUCCAUGAGCAGUCCAUGACGUUU